AUGGUAGAGCAGGAGGCUCCUGCUAGGGAAUUGUGGUUUUUCCACGAUUCGCCAGUUGAGUUAGAGGAUCCAAGUACCCCUCUUCCGACCGCCACCGCCACUCCACCACAGGGAACACCGACCCAGUCACCCAGGAGAAGUCGAGAAAAAUCACCAGCGACAUUCGGGGCUCAUUUCAGUGAAUCAUUACGAUCCAGAGGGAGGGAAAGGUCCGUCAGUACGGGUACACCUGUCAAUGGCACCAGUGGUAAUACUCUCAAGCCGAGGCCUUCGUCGGGCUCGCUAAAGGACGAGGAAUCCCAAAAUACUCCAGCAAAGGGGUCAAUUAGCUAUCCGGUAUUUUCAGUGACUUCACUUGUUGGCUCAGUUACGCCAAAUCUCAAUUGGCAGGCAUUCAGCCCUUACGACUGUAGAUUGCUGAACAAGGAGUAUAACAAGCCUUUAGAGGAAGAAGAGGAGCCGGUACCAGUUGGAUGUAACCGAUUAUAUCAAGUAUCACUACAGUCUAUGGAUAUGACUCCGAUAUACUGGGCACCACUAACCAGUCCGUAUAAUGUUCACUGCUCGAGCUGGUUUUUCAGUACAUCGCUGACUCCUAUUGAACCAUCUUUGGAGGAUGCUAUAGAAGAAGCGUUUCAAGAGAUCAAACCUUGGACUUCUACUUACUUGGCAGAAUUAGAAGCUGCCAUUACAGUUCCUGAAGCCAUGACAAAACUGAAAACUCCAAUUACCUAUUUUGAUGGCAGAUCGGAUGUGUCAGUAGAGGUAGUGUUCGCACCUACAUUUAAGCGAGACUCGGCGAACGAGCUGCAACCUGAGCAAGAAGAAGAAGAAAAAGAAGAAGAGGAAGAAGAAGAUUCAAACGAUAAAAAGGGUCAAGAUAUUGAUCUAGCUAAAGGUGAGAGUGAGAAGAAUGACCAGACAGCGAAGGAAGAAGACGGUGCAAAAGAUGUGAACUCGGAUGCUGCGUCUAUUGCCAGCUCUGUAGCCAGCGGUCCUGAGUCGUAUCCAGUGGCAUACAUAUUUUCGGCAUCGUCGUCAGUAUCAAUUCCGUACAUAUUUUCGAGCACCUCGCCAGCUCAGCUCAUUUCAUCGUUGGUAGCUGGAAAAGCACCACCAGGAACCCUGUUUACAGUUCAGCGACACUUUUCUUGGCAAGAUUGGAAAGCAUUGAGGAACCUUCCUGAUCGUCCAUCAGAUGGUGACGAGUAUGCACCCCGUAAAAUUACCCAAUUGGUUCUUGUGUUUCAUGGAAUCGGCCAGAAACUGACGGAGCGGGUAGAGAGUUUUAAUUUUACAUAUGCGAUCAAUUCGUUCCGGAUCCAAGUGUCGAAUUUUGUCGACUCACAACAGCUAUCGCAGUAUAUUAAAGAAGACACAAAUAUUCUCACCUUACCAAUCAACUGGCGUCGAAUCAUCGAUUUUGAGAACUUGAAAGGAACAGAGAACAAACCCAAGAAUUCCGAAUUCUCACUGAGCGACAUCACCAUGAAAUCAAUUCCAUCAGUUAGAAACCUAAUCAGUGACGUGAUGCUAGAUAUCCCGUACUACAUGUCUCGUCACAAGAAGCUACUAUUAGAUGCAGCAGCUCAAGAAGCAAACCGUGUUUAUUCACUGUUCACUAAGAUCAACCCCGAAUUUGAAAAGUCUGGAGGUACAGUAAAUAUCAUUGGUCACUCAUUGGGAAGUUCAAUUGCCGUCGACUUAUUAUCAAGCCAACCUACAGAUGUGACGAAAUGCAAGCCCGAAGAACUAGAAAAGAAGCGAACCUUGAAGUUCAAUGUCCACAAUUUGUUUCUCGUCGGCAGUCCUGUAGGAUUCUUCUUGCUUCUUGAGAACGCACAAUUGCACCCCAGAGAAUUGUAUGACCGCAAAAAUAAGAUAGAUCCGGGCGACACGACCCACAAGUAUCCUUAUGGAUGUAUUGCAGUGCGAAAUGUAUACAACAUUCUCCACUACUCGGAUCCUAUAGCAUACUACAUCGGCCCCACUGUCGACCGAUUACAGGUAUCACUAAUUGAAACAGCCACACUCCCCAGUGAAAAAGCGUUUAUCGUUGCACAAGCUGCUGACGCUGCUGGAUGGGUCAAUGCCCUGACUUCGCGAAUACCAUUUAUGGGCUCUCCCAAGAACGAGUCGACUAAGGACAUCACUAUACAAGAGAAAGAAAAGCAGAUGCCAGACGAAGAAGACGCUGAAGUACAAAUUCUCGACGAGAAAACAAAGCCCUUGAAAGAACUUCUUCCUGGAGUCACACUAAACAGCGAGUACGUCGAAGUCGAGCCCGUGACCAACCCUACCGACGCUCAACUGCCCAAGCCAGGACAAACUGUAGAACUCGAGGAUCGAGAUUUUGAAAAAGAGUCAAGUGGCGAAGAAAAACUUAUACUGUUAAAUGAAAACGGGCAAAUCGACUGGGUCAUUCCCCUAACCGUGUCACUGGAAAGCGUCUCCCAGUACGUGUCGAUGCUGACGGCACACUCUGGCUACUGGGACUCGAAAGACUUUGCCCGCAUGGUAGCUAUAGAAUGCGGACGAGCCAAAGGCGUUGAUAACACCAUCUCCCAGUACCGAGCUAGAAAAAAGAACAAGUCCUCCUAG